AUGGUGCAGAAAUCCAACAACGGCCAGGGGGCCACCGAGGCCAAUGGCCAUGAAUCACAAGAGUCAUCGAAACCCGAGGAAGAUGUGCCGGCCUGUCAGCUGUGCCGCAAGAAGAAGGCGCGAUGCAAUCGCGCCCAGCCCUGCGCACAAUGCAUACGCUUCAAUGUUCCCUGUGUUUAUGACGAUCGGAACAUGAAGCCAGGUCUUCGCGCAGGCGCGGUCGACCAGCUUUGUCGCCGUAUCGAAACGCUCGAGAACAUGUUUCUGGGCCAAGAGAUGAUUUGGCAACAGAUGUGGCAGGCACAGUGUCCAAAUACCUCACUCCCAGAAUCUUUCCAGCGCCCAUCCACCAGUCCAGACCUAGAAGCGCGACGGGAGGAGCUCAAAUCCUCUUUGCUCCUGGCUGGAUCAUCUCGAGGACAUAGUAACAGAAAGAGAGAUUUAGACAAAGAGUCCUCGGACUUGGAGUCAGUUGCACGCCCAGCAAGGCGAUCGCGGCUUAACGAUGUGGACUCUCCCUCUUUUCUUGUUGACCCUCCUAGCGACUCAGGCGGGAUUCUACCGAAUGAGAUAAUGAAAGAACUAGUUGACUUCUACCAUGUCAAUAUCCACCCGUGGAUUCCGAUUCUUCAUAUGGGAAAGUUCCGCGAGCGCAUGCAGUUGGCAGAAGAGCGCCCACGGAUCACAUGUAUUCUCCAUGCAAUAAUAGCUGUCUGUGUCCGUUUUUCGCGCAAUGAAAAUCUACCAGACGAAGAGACAAAAUUAAGAAUUGCCGAAAAGAGUCGACAAAGGGUAAUACUGGAGAGCACAGAGUCUUUCUCAGUGGAAAACUUGCAGGCUUUGGUCAUCAUUGCAUUUGAAACUAUUGGCCGGGGCCGUGGCCCUUCCUCCUGGUCUAUAGUUGGUAGCAUGGUCGGCACAGUCGAGCAUCUGCAGCUAAAUGUCGAGGAGGAUGUGCUGUAUGGUGGGACGAAUGUCGGAGAAAAUCUGAUUCGACGAAUGAUCUUUGUAUCGCCAUCUAGCUCAUGGAGUGAAGCAGAGGAGCGUCGAAGGAUCUUUUGGACUGUCUUCUUGAUGGACCGGUUUUGCAGCAUAUCGACUGGAUGGAAAAUAAGCCUCACCAAUAACGAUGUCAAACGCCGUCUUCCUUGCGAAGGGGCGCUUUGGCAGAAAGGACACGAAACACAAACUCCAUAUUUUGGGAUCUCUGACUCGAAAGAUACGGCUGCAAAUUCAAUAAUCAACGGACAACGGCCGAAAAACCCGGAUGAACAGGAUGCAAUUGGUGGCUUUGCGUACAAUAUCGAGGCAACGGAAUCCCUUGCGCUGGUAGCAAACUUUUUCCUGCAUCAUGCCUUCAUUGUGAGCGACACCAUAAAAGCUCAAAUGUGGCUGAUGACAUUCAAGGAACUUGACCUGCGACUUAUUCAGUGGAAGUUGUACCUUCCUUCGAAGUGGCGAGAAGCCUGUGCGUUAAAUUGCGAUGGGGUUAUGGACCCAAACCUGACUUUAGCUCAUAUCACCCACAACACUGCCGUGAUCCUUCUCCAUCAAGGUAUUGCCUGGCCUCCUGCUCACUGGCAGUUAUGUCCAGUCCGACUUCCAUCUGCUUCAUCUGCCGAAACUUGUUUGGAGGCUGCUUCGGAAAUUGCCACCAUCGGGCAACAGUUCUUGUCCUUCUCGCCGAUUUUCACAAACCCACAAUUUUCGUUCUGUCUUUUUAUCGCCGGGCGGAUGCUCCUAGCUCAUGCAAGAUAUAACAAUGUUUCUAUCCCACCGGCGUUGAACACCCUAAUUGCUAGCUUGCUUGAGAUUUCCCAGCGAUGGACCGGUCGCAGCGAGACGACGGAGCCACGAGGUGACAAUCUAGCCUCAAGUUUUGCAAAACGACUAAUUGAGGCCCAAAACAACAAUCCGGCUACAACAUCUCGUCCAAGUUUGGAUAUUCGACAGACUGCGUACUCGGAUGAGUCUAAAGCACAACCACCGCCAUCUAUAAACAACACCUCCCCAUCAGACAAAGGUGUCUUUCCGCCGAGAUCGGUGAAUGGAUCACCACUAAACAUGGGUGUGGAUAGCUCAAAGGUCCAAGAGCCCUUGAGCCUUGACUCCUUUAGCCUAGCCUUUCCACCCCUCCCGCCGGCAUUUCAACAGGAUUACCCAACGGAUUCACACAAUGACCACCUUUCUCUCUAUACGCAAACUGCGGAAAACCAGCUUCCCUCGCACAUGAAUAUUCAGUCACCACAUCCGCAGCAGUUCAACAUGUGGCAAAGCCCGUCUGCCCCAUAUGGAAAUGGAGUUGUGGGUCCACAAGAAGACUUAUCACAUGUCUUCAAUUUUGCGCCUAGUCCAGGACAGCGCAUCAGCCGUUAUGGUGGAGCAUAG